CGCAGGCACAGCCUCAGUUCGGAGACUGAAAGGUCCCAGAGCUUCGAUAUCAAGUGCCGUGCGGGCUCGGCGCGAUCGUGAAUCCCGCCAGCCUCAUUGGAUUCUGCGGAGAACCUCCACAAGCGAGAGGAAAUCUGCUGCAUGAACCCAUUUAGAAUCGAAGCAGCCGAAUUUUUUUCUCACAUAUCGCGUGCAAACUGUUGCCUAGAAUGCGCAAAACGUUCGGGGGGUCCGCACGAGGUCCAAUGACGCAGUCGAUCGUUCACAGGUGUUGUUGAGAAAUUGCCGAGGACUAAACUUAGUGGUUCAAGCAUGAGCAAGUCAUGGACCAGGAUCGAGGAGGAUAAAGACCCUCCUGGCCCCGUCUCUUGGGCUGACUUACACUUAUCUACUCAUAACUUUCACCACUGCACAAACACUCCACCAUGGCUUCCAAGGAUACGAAAGUCACUCUUUACUGGCUUGAGCAAUCGCGCUCUCAGCGCGUCCUAUGGCUCCUCGAGGAACUCAAUGUACCAUACGAGGUGAAGACAUUCAAGCGCGGAAGGGAUAUGAAGGCCCCCGCCGAGCUCAAGAAGAUUCACCCGCUUGGCAAGUCGCCCGUUAUCUCCAUCGAGUCUCCCGCGACCUCGGAGCCCAUUGUCAUUGCGGAAUCAGGCAUGAUUGUUGAAUAUCUCUGCGAUCACUUUGGCGGGGACAAGCUCAUCCCUGCGCGCUAUGCUGCUGGCAAGGAAGGCCAAAUUGGCGGCGAAACUGAAGAGUGGCUGCGCUACCGGUACUACAUGCACUUUUCGGAGGGGAGCUUGAUGCCGUUCUUGGUAUUCAAGCUCGUUACAGACACGAUCAAAAACCCACCGGGGGUGCCGUUCUUCAUCAAGCCAAUCCCCCGUAUGGUGGCCAACCAGGUUGAAGAGCAGUUCGUCAACCCAAACAUCUUCGCUACCUUUGACUUCCUCGAAGACCAACUUAAGACCGCGCCUGCGGGUGGUCCUUUCUUCUGCGGUAACAGCGUUACCCCCGCUGAUAUCAUGCUGAGCUUUCCCUUGAUUGCAGCCAACAUAAGGAUUCCGCUGAGCGAGAAGUACCCGUUGCUGGCGAAAUAUGUGCAAAACAUCCAGCAGCAGGAGGGAUACAAGCGAGCUGUUGAGAAGAUCAAGGAAGUGGAUGGAUACCAGCGUGUCAUAUUUAAAUACCAUGAGUCAGUUUUCUAGAUCCCUGGCCAGGGUAGAAACCUAAAGCCCUAGAAACA